ACAAGAUGCGGACUCAGCCUCAAAGUCACCCCAUUGUUUCAGCUGCUUUUGACUUUCCCAAGUCUUAACCCUUUUCAGGGGGGAAGUGUGGAAAAUCGGGAGGCGCGGGACCAGGGACAGGGGGCGGCCCGCGAUUCUCCUCGGUGCCUCACUGAGCUCGCUAUGAAGACAAAAAAAGUGAUGGGGCACAAAAGCAAAGGAAUCCCAAAGGCGUUUGAAAAAACAUCCAAACUUUUCCAAAGAUGUUUAUUUUUUUCCAUUUGGGGUAUAUAUUUAUUUAAUGAAGUCAAAAGUUUCAACCAAAGUGAAAAAAUAUGUGAGGUUUUACAGAUGCAGAAAGUUCCAUCCAUGGGCCACCAGAAAAUUGAAAUGCUGUGAAGACAUGAGGGGAAUUACCACGGUGCUGCCUUCGACCUGGUGGCGUGAAACUCACUAAUAAAAGAUUAAAUAAGCGAGUCAGAAGAACUGAGACACACAACAAGCAGAACAACCACGAUCACGGUUGGAGUUUUUACGCUUCUCUUGAGUUUCAGUGCCCCACAUAUUGACCCAAGAUAGUCAGCAUCAAUGAACUUUUCUUUCUCACAAGCAAAAAACAAAAUGAAGAUUUCGAUUAUCAAAAUCUUGAUUAAAAUGUUUAAACUUAAAAAAGUGCAAAGAUUUCCUGGAGUUUAAACUCCAUUAUUUAAAAUGUGAGUUUUGUUUGGCUGUAAAAUGACGCGCUGAUGCUCGUUAAAGCGCAGCAGACAGGCGGCCCUGUUUGCAUUGAGAUGUUAAGUGGGUGUCUCUAUAUAAAUCCACUCGGGGCAAACUCUCCCUCAUUUGGUGGCAAAGGAGCUUAACUUUAAGAACCCCCCUCCCUCUGAGAAGGAACAAGAAUGGUCGCUUCAGCAGACUGUGUGGGAAAACCUAAACCCCCCAACAAGGUGUCCAAACCUCUGAUGGAGAAGAAGCGGAGAGCUCGGAUUAACCAGUGUUUGGAUGAGUUGAAAUUUCUCCUGGAGAAUUAUUACAGCAGCAGCAUCCGGAAGCGUAAACUGGAAAAGGCCGACAUCCUGGAGCUCACAGUGAAACAUCUGAGGAACCUCCAGAAGAUCCAGAGCUGCACUGCGGCUUCUGAGUGUCCUGAUUACCAAACCGGAUACCACAACUGCUUGGCAAACGUCAGCCAGUUCCUGAUGACCACCGACACCAUGACCGGAAGCGGGCGUUGGAUGCUGACACAGCUGUCCCACAAACUGUGCCGCUCCCUGAGGAGAGGAGAAGCCUCCAGCACCUUGGACAGCGCCGCGCGGCAGACAGAGGCGCAGAAACGUCUGCCAGCUUCAACCCGAACGCAGCAGGACGUCAGCUCCACUGAAGCACAGAAACCACACAGCGCAUGCUCGACCCCAUCGAGUCAAGGCGUGAGGCAAACAUCGGAGUCCAAGAAGCCUCACAUUACUGCUGAGCACAGACAGAACAUCAGCAUCUCGUUUCACAAAGACUUGGACUGCGUCAGUCACGACAUGAAAGCUGCAAACGCGGCGCGCAGCGUGUGGCGGCCCUGGUAGAACUCACUCACUCUCCUGAACAUAUCGAGUCACAUCCUCUCUGAAUGUUGUUGAUUGCACUGUAGAUCUGAAUUAUGUUGUGUUUAAAGAUGUCUUUUAACAAUAAAGGUGUUGAAGGAGGGAUUGUGUUCAUGUAAAACACGCGAUACUUUUCAGGAUCAGACCAAUGUGCGCCAAAAACGACUUUGUUGUCAAAAUCAAAAUGAUUUUUUCUGUGAAAAAUGAACAUUUUCGUUAAACUCAAACUGGAAGUCGCUCCUCAUGAGUAUCAAGUUUCAAAAAGUUAAAAAGUUAGACUCAUCCUGUGUUUUCUGGGCCGUUUUGCUGCAUGGGCACAGUGAUCCUAGGCGUCCAAUAUUAUUAAUUAUUAAUAAAAAUGAAGGAAAACAUGCUAUUUAAAAAAAAAUCUGCUCGAGGGGUGACAAAAGCAACGAAUAAUAUCGAUUUAUUAAAAAUCGCACAUGAAUUGGGAAAGAAAAAGAAGCUUUUGUUUAGAAAAAAAGGGGGAAUGUGAAUAUAAUAUAUUAUAUCCAAUUUAAGUUAUCCCUUCUAUUUUUGAUUGCAACUUUAAGCCGGAUAUUUUCGUUUUCUAACUUGUGGAACGUGUGGUGUAAAAGAAAAAAAAUGAAAGAAAAACAAAAAACACAAAAUGGGAGAUAUUGUACAAAUUAUUUCCACCCCCAGUAUUUUUUGGACAGCAAAGUGACGAAGCUGCUGUUUUGUUGAAGAAAGAAACGUCGAACAAAAAAUAAAAGAUGGCCUAUAGAUAAAACUACCACUUUGAAACCAACAACAAACUUUCUGAAAUGUUUAAAUGACCCGCAGAAUAACAUUAAAAGGAAACAUUUUAGCAGUUACAUUAAUUAAUUCGGCAUUUUUGUCGUUGACUGAGUCUUUGUCAGUAUGUCCCUGUAAAUGACUAAACAAAGGCAAUUAUUCUUUUUGGUUGUUUUAAAUUCUCAGUUUCUUUGACUGCGUUGGCAGACGUGCUACAAUGUGUUUACUAAGUAUUGAGGAGAAUUACAGCUUUCAGCAACAGAAUUACUGUAAUGUUUUUUUCAAUUUUAUUUUGAACAGGGCAGGUAAUACAAGAUGCUUUUGCAUUAGAGAAAAUAGUUUUUACUUAUUUUUCCUAAAGAGAUUUUCUUAUAAGAACUAUGUGCUGAAUGCGCAUUACGCACGCAUUCUGCUCACAUUUUAAACCAAAACUUGAAAUGUAUUUGUUGAGAAUUCCCUGCUGGCCCAUGAAGCCUGGCUCAUUCCUUCCAUCUUUUGCUAAAGUCAAAUAAAAAAAAAGCUUCACGAUGCCCUUAUUAUUUUAUGUUUUCCAUCAACUUCCCUCCCCAUUCCAAUGUUCAUCAGAUUGAAUGAAAUAAGAGCUGAGGACCGCGGGGGGAGACGAGAAUCCUUCAUUUGCAUGAGACUGGACUCAGUGAGGACAGACUGGAUGAGGCGCUGCAGACGCUGAUUCAGCGAUUUAGUCCGACCGGCUACUUUCAACCUAAGUAAACACUUUCAGACUUAAAGUGCAAUCAAACACGCGUAACUGAGGGGUCCUAAUCCGUGCGUAAAAGAGAUCGUGCUCUUGUCGCCACUUACAGAAAUAACUGAAUUUGUGCUUCCUUUCGGAGGUUCCUGCGCAAGAAAAUUCAGUUCACAACCUCCUGCAGUUAUGGAAUCCAUGCACCAGAAGUGUUUGGUCUUUUGGCUUAAAAAUAUAAUGUCUAAUUAAAAUGAUAAAAACAGGGUAAAUAUUUUAAACUUAGAUUGAAGUGCUUUACAGUCUCAUUCACCCAUGCACACACACAUUCCCACUCUUCAACUGUAUAUAUGUAAAUUCCCAAAUUAACAAAUAAAGUAGACUUUACAGCAAGGUAGCUUCUUCUGAAAUCCUCCUGUAGCAGACACACUGAUGCUUUCAUGUGGGUUUUUAUGUCAAAGUUAAGAUUUAUCAGUGAAACUAAAGCCUUAGUCACAUGCACCCAUAGGGGGGCUAACUCUAUGGCCUGCAGACUUUUGAGUUGGCUCAGUGAGGGUUGUGGACAGAAACACCUGCAUUCUGAAGUGGAACACAGGUGUGUCUUGCAAUUCCUUUCAGACUGUGCGGCCAUCUCAUUAGGAAAAUAGAACAUACCAUUGUCGUGCAUGUGGUAAAUGUAUUGAGAAGUAUUUGUAAAGAUAUUGUAAACUGCAAACUGAUCUGUUCUGAUUGUCCAACUUCCCUAUAUGCUGGGUUGAGUGGGUUAAAGAAAAUAAAAUCCAUAUGACGUGUCUGCGUCUCACCUACUUCACCCUUACGUGUUGUAUAAGUGUUCACCAUGACCUGUCGUCCUCAGCAUGCUUGUAGAAACACGUCCAUGAACAUUUUUGGUUCAACAAGCAAUCUACGACCUUGCUAUUUUAUGUGGGCCACCUGCGUGCCAUGUACAUGUUUAAC